AGAGGCGCGGCGGGCGGCCCCACCAGCGCGCCAACGCGGUCCCCCCGCCCGAGCCGCGGCGUCCCCGGUGCGGCCCUCAGCCCGGCUCCCGACCCCACAUCCCGCCGGCCCCAGGAUGGGCGCGCGCGCCUCUUGCGGGCCCCGGGCCCGGGCUGGGCUCCUGCUGCUGCUGCCGCUGCUGCUGCUCGGGCUGCUGGCCCCGGGCGCGCAGGGGGCGCGGGGCCGCGGCGGCACCGAGAAGAACAGCUUCCGCCGCGCGGUCAACACCUUCUCGCAGAGCGUCAGCAGCCUGUUCGGCGAGGACAACGUGCGCGCCGCUCAGAAGUUCCUGACCAGGCUGACCGAGCGGUUUGUGCUGGGGGUGGACAUGUUUGUCGAAAGGUUGUGGAACUUUUGGAUGGACCUCUUGGAUGUUCUUGGACUUGAUGGCUACUUCCCUUACUUCAUGGCCCAAGACAGCUGCUCCCACUCCCGCCAUCGCAUCCACAUUCCAGCAGGCAGAAGAAAAGGAGUGUCGAACCUGUCCCAGUACUUCAGCCUGGCCUCGGUGGCCAACAGCCCGGCCCGCGCCCUCCUGCUGGUGGGCAUCAUCCUGCUGGCCUACUGCUUCCUGUCGCUGACCCUGGGCUUGACCUUCAGCCUCCUGCACGUGGUGUUUGGCCGCUUCUUCUGGGUGGCACGGGUCAUCCUGUUCUCCAUGUCCUGCAUGUACGUGCUGCACAAGUACGAGGGGGAGCCGGAGAACGCCAUACUGCCCCUCUGCUUCGUGGUGGCCAUCUACUUCAUGACCGGGCCCAUGGGCUUCUACUGGCGCAGCGGGCCCAGCGGCCCCAGCGUGGAGGAGAAGCUGGAGCAACUGGAGAACCAGGUCAGGCUGCUCAACAUCCGCUUCAACAAGGUUCUGGAGAGUCUGGACCGCGCCAACGGCAAGUGACAAUCAGCCAGCCGGCCGGGUCCCCUCACGCCAGCGCCCUCUCUCAGAAAACAGAAGCGGAGAAGGAAGAAGAGAGCACCCAACCCCAAGCAAUUUCAAUAAACACUCCCGAGCACGGCGGGUGGCGCUCCGUGAGGGUCUUUCCGGCCACGUGUCGACCCCGAGGACACGUUCCCCAAGGGAUGGCGGGAUCGUUUGUGUGGAACUACCCACGAAGUGUCAUUAGUGGGGGAGGGGGGGGAAAGAAUAUUUUUUAAACAAAGGAUAUAACCGUAUUAGCUGUACAGGAAGAGUUUAUCUGUGCAUAGAGCAUAAAGUUAAUUUUUUCAAGCACUUCA